AUGCUGUCACAGAUAUUCCGUCAGAUCCUUUUCUUCAACCUGAUCGUCACAAUCGUCUCAUCGAUGAGUCUUCUCGAUGCCUACAGAUCCGAGAAGCUAACACGCCGUCGGUUAGGCAUGCAGAACACCGAUUUCCGUCCGAUUCUUCAUUUACGCGGGGAAGACGAUUGGCAAAAACAGAUCAACGACAACUUCUCGCCAAACCAGUUCAUGGACGAGAAUGGUAUCGUCUACGAUAUGGAUCCAACCAUCAACGACAGAAUUUCCACGUUUUUCAACAGUCAGAGAAUCACAAACAGCAGAUUCGGCAGAAAGAAGAGAAGUCUCAUCUUCCCAAGACUUUUCAUCUGA